AUGCUCGUCGGCUGGUUCACUCUCGACUUGCACCACGCCGCUCUCAGCAUGCCUACCGCAACGAUGAUGCAGGCUCUCAGGCCUCCGACCACAAAACAACAUUGCAAUGAGAAGACGCUGAAAAUAUACGCCGUGUUUCUCUGUGGCCUUUUGGUCCUUGCCUUUGUGGCUCGUUGGCUGCGCGAAAUUUGCAACAGGACCCCGAGUUCGGCUGCAUCUCGCGCGUCGCGAGAUCCCCAUCUCUUCAAAUGGUUUCACCUCUUCCGGAAACUGGAGAGACAGGCAGAUUGGGGGUGGUUUGGACGACGCUCCUUCGGACUCAUCAUAUUGGUUGGCAUCUACCUCGCUGGUAACACCGUCUUCUCCUCGACAAAUCUGGCCAUGUAUCAACUGAACCACUGGGCAUCUAGAUUCGGAUGGAUGUGUGCGGCGAAUAUGGCGCUGUGUGUAUUCUUUGGAUUGAAGAACACGCCACUUGCAUAUAUAACGCCUAUUUCACAUGCUCAGCUCAAUAUCUUUCACCGCAUCGCGGGAUAUACGGCGGUGCUUCUGGUGCUUCUCCAUGCCAUUUUCUAUACGAUACACUUCGGCCGCCAGGGGCGCUGGGCAAACAUGGUGAAACAAGAAAACCUGGAGGGUAUCGGCGCUGGAAUUUCCAUGUUGGCCUUGCUCAUGGGGGUUCUUAGACACCGAAGCUACGAGAUCUUCUACGUCAGUCACAUCGUCGGUUUCGUGGCUGCCGUCGUGUUGACAUCGCUGCACCGGCCGAACUGGGCGAAGAAACUCCCCGUGCUGAUGCUGUUCAUCGCCACACUCUGGGUGGCAGAUCGCGUACUUCGGGCCGCGAGAAUCACCUACAACCUCGUCAACAACACUGCUACUUUCUACUCACUUCCCGGCGGAGGAACGCGACUACUUCUAAAGAAGCCAGGCAUCGAGGUCGCUCCCCCAGGCGCUCAUUGCUUUCUGUGGAUCCCGAGAAUUCACCUCUUCCAAAGUCAUCCAUUCACAAUCGUCAGUAACGGCCCUUCUGGCUUGGAGUUGGUAAUGAAGUCACGGAAGGGCUUUACCAAGACAGUCGGCAACUUCGCGGCCCGCUACCCUCGCUGUACUGCUUGGGCUUCAGUAGACGGCCCAUAUACAUCAUGCCCGAAUACAGAGAGUUACGACAAGCUGAUUCUUAUUGCCGGCGGAAGUGGAGCAGCGUUCACAGUUGGUCUCAUGAAUCGCAUCCUGAGCCAGUCGGAACGGCCUAUACACCAGUCUAUCGAGUUUGUGUGGGCUGUGAAGCGUGCAGAGCAAUUGAGCUGGUUCUCCGAGCAUCUCCGCAAUCUUUCGAAAGCUGGGUCAGGUGUGAGUGUGAGGCUCUAUGUCACGAGCGAGGAUUCGGUGGCAAGCCCGAGUCUUGCCACAUACUCUGACGUUGAAUCUGGGGUCCAACCCGAAAUGGAGAGAAGCCUUUCUUCGAAGACAGGUUUUGCCAACUAUGGGAGUAUCUCGGAGGUAUGUGAUACGGACGCACUUCUGGGCGGAACCGACUGGGAUGCUGUCACAUUCACGAGAAUGGAUAUUGAAAUGGUGAUUGGAAAAGCUAUGGGGACAUCAAAAAGUUGUCAAAGAGUUUUUGUGGCGGCUUGCGGUCCAGAAUCACUCAUGGAUGCCGUGAAGGAUUCGGCGGACGAUUGGCGGAGCAAGCGAGGCUUCAGGAUAGAUGUCCACUGCGAGGACUUCAACGGUUGA